UAGCUUCGCUGCGCUAUAAUUCGCUUUGAAAAAGAUAAAUAAAACAGGCAGUCUAUUUAUCUAUUUAUUUUCAUCUUAUAACUGUAAUAAAAAAAAAGACAGAAAGAAAUUCAAACUAACAUGCUCAUUUAACUUUAAAUUAAAAUGCCACUCGAACACUGCAGUGACUUGACCGUGCCUAAACUAGGUUAUUAUCAUACAUUUACACAAAAAGGCCCUUUUUUGAUAAGGUUAAAAGCCUUCUAUAACAAAUAUUCCAAAAACUCUAAUAGCACCAUGCAUACCUCACCCCAUUUAUUUGUUUUAUUGUUGCUUUCGUGAUAUUUUCCAUUAAAAUUUGUAAACAUGAAAACUGCUGUUGAACAUCUCUGACUUAAAACUACACUACCCAGGAUGCAAAACGUCGCCAAGAAGGGAAGUCUAUAAUUCUAAGCCGCUUGGGUAAAAAAUAAAUAAUAACAAGCCAACAGCUGAAGUAUUGUAUUACACCCGGGGAACCUGACUACCCUUUAAUAGGACAAGGGUGACACAAAGUAACCCGACUGGUCACGCUCUUUAAAUCUCUCAGAUAUAACGCUGAAAUUAAGAGCACCGAUAGGCUAUUUGAUUUGACACCAGAAUGUUUGGGUAAAUUAUGCCAGAAAACGCAGCGUGGAGCUUGACCUGUAACGCGAGUUUGGAUUUAAUCUUAACGCAAUGGUUCUGGUUUCCUUUGGUCAUCCUGAGAGACCUUUUGAACUAUGGAGCGUUUCAACAUCAUAAGACUGUUUACUGGAGCGCAGCUUAUAUAUAACAGGUCGUAAUGCCACACUAUUGGACGGUACCGAACAGGUGCUAUUUAGACAUUUCAGGUUGUAAAUCAAAGGGACAUAUGAGCUGACAUAUACAGAAUUGUGAGGCAACAAACAUGAUAUGACUAGUAUUAUUAAAUGCAUUAUUAUAUAAGAAUGAAUAUGUAGGGGUUAAGGAGGGGAAAGGCUGGAGAUUUAUUAAUGCUGUAUUAAGUGAUUACAAGACAUGAUGAUAGGAUUCAUUAUGCUGACAUGCCAGGAAUCAUGUCAUAGCACUGUGGCCACAGAUUUACUUACUUCACAGACGCCUUACUUCAGGGCAUCAGCUCAGGUCCAGGUGCCACCCAUGCUUUGCAAAGAUAUCUGGACCAUUGGCUGGAUCCAGGCUUGCAAUCAAAUGGAUUUCUUCAAUAUAUAUGGGAAUGAAGGAGUAUCCAGCUGGGAGCUCCCAGAGAUGAAAUGUGGGCAGAUUCAGGUGAUUAGUGAUUCAGAUGGUGUGAAUUACCCCUGGUACGGGUGCACCACUGAGAUGUACGUGAUAGUGGGUCCCACUAAGAAGAGCACCAAACUCAUCGUCAGCAUGAAUGACAACUUCUGCCCAAGUGUGACGUGGAGUGUCCCAGUGGGCACCACCAGCAGUCCAGCUCUCCUGAGCUCCAUCCAGAGGGACCAACGCUUCACCACAUGGCUCGUGGCCAUGAACGAAACCACGGCUGAGAUGGUGCUACUCCGAACCAUCCGCUGGAGGAUGCAGCUCUGCAUUAAAGUGGAUCCAAUGAAGCCUCAGGGUCAAAGAGCCACAGUUGUGGAGCCACUGAUCCAGGAACAGCCUCAAAUCUUGGUCAGAAAUGAACCUAUCCCGACAAACGCCUUGCUUAAGCCUAAUGCCAAUGAUGUUGAGGUUCUAAUGUGGCGGCCUAGAAAUGGGGAGCCUAUUGUGGUCAUACCCCCAAAAUAUUUAUCCAAUGAAGGAUAUUUACUUCCAGCUUGAAGUAAAAUGAUUCAAUAAUGCUCAGUUAAAUGAAGAAUGGCGUGGAGUGAGUAUGAGAAUGAUAGUCAACAGGGUUACUGAUUUAAA